CACCAUAUCAUCCUCACUUUUAUACCCAGACAAUCAGCGGAAUAAGUUCUGGACCAUCUCGCCCAAAGGCGUUUCGACCCAAUUUGCUACCAAUGCCAGUGUUCCCAGAAAAGACAGAAGUCAUUGUGAUAAAUGAUCACCCGGGACAAUAUCAUCACCACCACCUCCACCAUCAUGUCCACAAUCACGGCCAUCGUCCGAACUCCGCACCAAAUUUUAGACCGAAUCACAGGCAUACUCAUAUUCACAAGCCAGCCAUCGAUCUCAAGAAAAAUCACAAUCAUAUAUUCUCUCAUUCCUAUAAGCCUUGGCCAACACCCAGGCAUAACCCAACUGUAGUUUAUCAUCAUCCUCAAGACCAUUCCAAUGAGCAUGAGCAUACCCAUGUUCAUUAUGAUUAUUCACACAAUGGCAUUGGUGAUUGGGAGCACCAUGCGUCGAACAUUCACAAUUUCAGAGUGGAUAAAAAUAAUAUCCUCAACAAAGAAGGGAGUACGAACUUUAAACAUAUGGCGGUAUUUAACAGAAAUUCCGACUACAACACUCUAACAACAACCAGUCCAGAUUAUGAAAGUUACAGUUUAAGAAGCAGAGGACUUCCAAAUAACAGCAGAAAUCGCAAUAAAGAACUUUAUUUUCAUAACAGUUUCAAACCAAGCUUAAUUCGACCUACUGAAGCAAGCACUGUUACUUGGACGCCAAAAGAUUUUGCGUUAAUGCCGGGGAAUUUCACUGUUGGAAGUUUGCUCUUUUAACAU